UCAGUUCCGUUGUGCGACUGACGAAGGUCGGAAUAAAAAAAUCACAAUCUUUAAUCAAAGUAGGCGAAUUACUCGAAGGUGUGCUGUGCUUUGGGGGUGUCUUUUACAUUGUUUAACCGUCCUGGUGACCUGUGACUUCGACUACUUAGUGUCGUGAGUGACGUUUUGUGUGUGCACAACAACAACAACAACAACUGAAGAAAAUAAGUGAAGGAAUUUUUGUUUGUUUUUGAUCAGCCUAGCCUACCGAAUUCUUCAUCCAAGAUGAUGAACGACCCGGCCGCCCUGGGGAUGAUUCCCUUCGACACGAUUGGAUUAUACGAGCAGCCGAAGCCGAGGUUCAUCUUCAAAAUGCCUCGCGUCGUGCCGGACCAGAAGAACAAAUUCGAAAGCGACGACCUGUUCAAGAAGCUGAGCCGCGAUAGUGAGGUCCGAUACACCGGCUUCCGGGAUCGCCCGAUCGAGGAGCGGCGCGGUCGCUUCCGGGCCGGUUGCUGCGAGGGCCACACCGAAAUCUCGUUCGCUGCCACCGGCAUCAACCUGCAGCUAGUGUUCAACCCGAACCAUGGCCUGUACCACCACCCGCACCACCAUCACCAUCACCAUCCGGCGCACCUGGGACUGGAGAAGGAGUGCGAUUUCGACAAGGAGCACGGCAAGGUCCAUAUUAAGUCUCACUUCAUUAUGAAUGGAGUGUGCGUUCGGUUCCGCGGUUGGCUGGACAUGGAACGACUGGACGGUAUCGGUUGUCUGGAGUUGGACGAAAAGCGAGCCGCCCAAGAGGAUGCCAUCUUGCGGGAGCAACUGGACCGCUACAAUCAACGUCUGCGGGACUUCGAGGACAAGCAGAGAAGCUACCAGCGAACCACUCAGGACGAGUUCGAACAAAUGCGCCGAAAUGGUUCCGGAAUCGGUGUCGGUGUCGGUACCGGUGCCACGGGCAUGUGGAGGCGAUAAACGGUGUUCGAUUCGUCUCGUUCCGUCAAAGGUGCAAAAAGCUGUGUGUGUGAUUCCUAAUUGAUACUCCCCGCCCCGACGACCGUAGGACUGCUGCUGGGACGAAACCGGCACAGGUGUUAAGGUGAAAUUUUAAUCUCUUUUUAACAUGUAUCGAAACUGAUAUGUCGAAUUAUUGGUGAAAUGAUUAAAGGGCAUCAAUUUAAAUAAACUUAGAAAGAGAGCAGCUGAACAUUUCGAUCGCGUUAUGUAAAUAUGAUUUAAAGUUCGGAAUCCGAUCGCGCUACGUGGCACAAACCAGGCGACAUUUCGAUGUUGUUAACUACUUACUUUCGCAAUCAUUUAUUUUAAGUUUUUUUUACAGGUUAUUCGUAAGCGAGAUUUUUACAUUAUUUUAUUCGAACUUCAACCAAAAAAAGCAAAGAACGAUUAUUUCUUUUGCUGAACUUUUAAGCGGCAAACUUUAUAGGUUUUAAGUAGAAACGUAUCAAUACAUUU